AUGAAGAAAUUCACGGAUAGCUUACACCUCUUCUCGCCGAAAGAUAACAGGUGCAACAAUGGUAAGGCAAGCCAACUCGAGAGAAACAUCCUCACCACGAACGGAUUAGGCACGAUCGAGUUAGACAGGAAAGGGGAACCCCCCAAAGCAACCUCCCCCAGCGGGGUCACCCCAGAUCCGAUCUACGAAUUGGGAAACGAAAUAGAAGACCUUUUUGAUGAAGAUGUAGAGAACAUCAAAUUUAACGCAGAUGAAAUUUCUUCCUUUUUUCUGAAAAAUAACGAACUCGAAAAUGGAAAGGAAGAAUCAGCAAAUGAUUGCAGCAAUCCACGAGAGGUGAACAACAUGGAGAGAAAUCCAAAAUGCAACAAAGUGGAGUGUCUGUUCGACCCAGCCACCAGUGGACCACACGUCUGCUGCGUAGCCAUUUUGUCCAAAAGAGAAAACGUCGAAAUUGAGUUUAUCCACCCGGAUAUAUUCGAGCCGCAUGAAAAAGAGCAUCUAAAUAAAAGGAGGAAAAAGAAAAAAAUGAAAAUGAUAACCCCGUUUUGCGUGUGGCAUAGAUAUAAGGGGGACUGGGUAGAGGAUGUGAAAUUUUUAAUUGAAGAAAGGAUGUACUUGUUUGGGGAAACCAACACGGGAAACGUCCUGUGCGAUUUUUACAAUAACAGGUCGUGCAAAAAUUACAAUGAAUACAAUGUUAUGUAUGCCCCUAGUGGGAACAGGUACUACAUGGUAGGGCUGAAUUAUAUGCAAGACAGCAGUUACAAGGAGGUCCUUACCAUUGGGCAGGUGCCACACUUCGACUUCAUAUAUGGAAGGCUCUGCCCGGCGGUGAGGGCCAUCCUGGGGGAGGAAGGAUCGAAGGAUAGAGCAAAGAAUAUAACGCAUGAUACAGCGCAACACUGUGUGAAAAGUGAAGAGGAUGCGCAAAAAAAGUACGGCGAACUGAUCACCUUCCUGGACAGCUUCACGGCGGAUCGUCCGUUUGAUCAAAUGGACUUCAACCAUUACUACCUUCAUUUGUCCAAAGACAUUGAACACGUUAGUAACAUAAAAGUGAAAAACAUUCUGACCAUUCUAAAAGCAAUAUUGUUGGAAAAAAAAAUUGUCAUUUCCUGUUCGAAGAAGGGAAAUGGAUGCAGAAUGGUGUUGCUCCUCCUUUCCUUCAUUCCUGAUAUAAUAAAUUUUGGAUUUAAUGUAAAAAAUUAUGAGAACAAAUUUGAAGAAUGGAUAAAGUUAAAGCUCCCUCUGAUUUUAUUUCACGAAAAGUAUGUUCUUCUCCUCCACAUAAAUAAUUUGCAGCUAUUUAAUGAACACGCAAAUGGAAAGAAUUACUUCAUAUCGACUAGCACAGGGAGCGAUGUAUAUUAUUACGUGAAGAAUAGUGUGGAUGUUUUGUACGAGAUGGACAAUGAUGAACUAAUUGUGAAAAAGGAAAAUUUAAUGAAUGCUUUAAGUUUGACAAAAUAUGAAUAUAAUUAUUUGAAAGGCCUUAACUCCAUUUUUCAAUCUUUGAUUAAUUUUUCUUCUCUUUUUUUUGAGACCUCCAAGGGGAGUAACAUCACGGAGGAUGGUCAUACCGGGGGGGGAUUUUCCAAGGGGCACUCUACCUCUGCUAAUGUAUUGGACAAUCGGUUAGAUGCAGCGGAUUGUCUAGACGGUGGGAACGCCAUUCGGACGCAACAGCAUGGGGAAGUGAUCCCCGAUUGUGAAGCGCGCCCAUAUAGUAGUAGUAACCAUGAGGGUAAUCAUAAUAAUUUUGAUGGGAGGAGGAACCCCCGCUUGGGAGAAGCCCAAAUUGACCAGGCCGGAGAAAAACACGAAUACAUUGACGACGAAGAUGACAUAUGCGUCUUAGACACGAAAUCUAUGAACUUCCAAAAGGAGGAAGGGAAAAGGUUUACCCCAAUGAGUGAAACCGAAGGAAGGAUCCAAAGCAGCAACACAAAAAAAAACACACCAAUGAAUGAUCAAUCGGAUAGGUACAUUUCCAACCUGAGGAGCCACUUUCAUACAUAUUUUAAGAAUUUUUUUAUUUCAAGCAAGGAAAACUACGAAGAAGGGAAAAAGGAGCUGAGAGAACAGUAUGAACUGAAUUAUAAUAGUGACUUCCUCCAAUUAUGGCAAGAAACAGAAAAUUAUAAUUAUUUCAUCGAGAAGGAUUUUAAAAUGAAAAAGUUUUUAAAAAUUGCAGAGCAGAAUAAUGUCCCAUUUGACAAGCAAAAAAUGGAGGACUACAAAUUUGUGGAUGAUUUGUUAAUAAUCGAAAAGAAGGACAACGCGGAAAGAGGAAAAAAUGAACAAAAAAAAAUUAAGGAUGUUUUGCUAAUAUCGUUAAAGGGUUAUGUGUAUGAAGGGACCUUUUCCAUUUUAAAAAAUUGCAAAGAAGGGGUAGGCAAAUUUGUGUAUAACAUACACGAUAUAACUUUUCACGGAGAAUGGCAAAAUGAUCAGAUAAAUGGGUCAGGUCAUUUACUAUACAAUAACAAAUUCAAAUAUUUUGGAAAUUUUAAAAAUAACUUGUUCAGUGGAAAUGGACUCUUUGUUGAUAAUUUGUUAAAUCAAUAUGAAGGGGAAUUUUCCAAUGGCUCAUUUAAUGGGAAUGGAAAACUUAUCUUUAACAGAAAUACUUACAUAGGCAUUUUUAAAAAUAAUAAUUUAGUAGGAAAGGGGAAAAUAUUGCACAAAAAUGGACUUAUAUAUACGGGAGAAAUUAAGAACUUCCUCCCCCAUGGAUAUGGCUUCCUGUCCUACAACAGUUCGACCGUAUUUGAAGGAUACUUUGUUGAAGGGAAAAAAAAUGGAAAUGGUUUUUUAACCAUAAAUCAGGGCUCCAUUUCGGACGAAUGUUUUUGUAUUGAGGGGAAGUGGAGCAAUGAUGAACCUGUCCUGAGGAGAAACUUCCAUAUCGUUUUUCCAAACAGGGAUAAAUACAUAGGGAAAAUUUAUUUUCUACCCUCUUGCGAUGAGUCCAACAGGAAGGGGCGGAAUCUGUGGAGUGACCACCAUGCCAUGUGUCAGCAGAUUCAUCAUCAGCUUUUUGAAGCCAAGCAAUUGAUAGAAUGUCAUAUCGGUUUUGCGAACCAGGGUGGGGGACAAUCCCCGUUUGACUGUUCGAAGAACAUGGAGGAGAAACCGGAAAGCAUUAGCAACGGAAGCACCAACAACCUUACUGGCAUCACUUGCAGCGAUAGUACACACCCUAUUCGCUGUGCGAACAGCAGCGUCCUUACCACGGCAAGCAGUAAGAACUAUUUAGAAUACCAGCAUUGUGGGGGUAAAAACGCGGGAAGUCAAAUUUUUAAAUGCUACGAUGAAACCCCCAUUUCAACAGAAACGAAAAACAACGAACAGAGGCCUUCUCCCCCAGGUGAAGACCCCAACCCAGAUGAGGCAAAAGUUAUCAAAAAAAAGAUGCUGAAGGAAAAACUCGAAACUGUUUUAAAAAUGAAGGAGAGAAAAACGUUGAGGAAAUGUUUCGAAAUAUUAGACAAACACUGGAUAUGCAACAUAGAACAAAAGUUGAAGAAAAAUAAAGAUGUCGUUGAAUAUUUAAAAAAGAACAAUGUCGUUCUCGUUCCACACAGAGAAGGACUAAGUAUAACUUGUGAUAAGGAAAAAAAAGAAAAUUAUGAUGGGAAAUUUUGCUUAGGUAUGAAACAGGGAUAUGGCAUAUGUGUCUAUGGUGACACAAACAGAUAUGAAGGCUACUGGCACAGGGGAAUGAAGCAUGGUUAUGGGCUUUUGUACGAAGGGGACAGUAUAUACCAUGUCCACUUUAGCUACGAUAAGUUAAUUAAGAAGGAGGAAAUUUCGUCUGAGCAAGUAAGUCGUUUUAAGCCCCAGAAGGCAGCCCCCAGUGUGAAGAAACGAGGAAAUAACUUUUUAAUAAAUCAGUCCUUCUUUCAGUACAGGACGCUCUUAUCCUCCACUGUGUGUCAGUACCUUUGA